AGGGCUGGGCAGGAAGUGGGGCGGGGUUUUGAGCUUGACUGAGGUGGGAUCUGGUACCCCCGGACUGCUGCAACCCAGACAAACCAACUCACUGGGAGAAGAUGCCUGGGGGUCGCCGAGCCCUCCAAACCUCACCUGCCACCAUCUUUCUCCUCUUGAUCUCCGCAGCUGCCCUGGGCCCUUGUUGCCAGGCCCUGUGGGUGGACUGGGGCCCGCCAUCGGUGACGGUGAGUGUGGGGGACAAGGUCAGCCUCCCAUGCAGACACAACAGCAACAGCACCAACAUCACCUGGUGGCGCGUCCCUCAAGGCAACUCCACAUGGCCCCCGGUCAUGGAUCUCUCGGAACUGGGCCCCAAGGGCGAGCUGAUCAUCCAGCAAGUGAACAAGAGCCACAGGGGCAUGUACAGGUGCGAAGUCAACGAGGGCCAGAGGAUUCAGCGCUCCUGUGGGACCUACCUCCGCGUGCGUGACCCCCUCCCCAGGCCCUUCCUGGACAUGGGGGAGGGGACCAAGAACAACAUCAUCACAGCUGAGGGGAUCAUCCUGCUGAUCUGCGCCGUGGUGCCUGGGACACUGCUGCUGUUCAGGAAACGAUGGCAGAAUGUGAAAUUCGGGGCGGAUGUCCAGGAUGAUUAUGAUGAUGAAAAUCUUUACGAGGGCCUGAACCUCGAUGACUGCUCCAUGUAUGAGGAUAUCUCCCGGGGCCUCCAGGGCACCUACCAGGACGUGGGCAGCCUCCACAUCGGAGACGUCCAGCUAGAGAAGCCGUGACCCUGCCUAACCCAGCCCAGCUGCCCUGCCAACUGGGCACCCAACCCACGCCUCACUCGCAUCUUCCCUGGAACCAGCUCUCUUUUCACAGUCUUUCCUGGGUGUGUCCUGACAACUUCCCUCCUGGGAGUGUCCACUAUUCUUCCCUCUGGAGUGUCCUCAUCCCCUCUGUCACUCAAUCCUCCUCCUGCUGCCUCGCCCAGGCUCCCACCCCCACCCCUUCGCCCCCAGUGGGUAAUGAGCCCUUAAUCGCUGCCUCUAGGGGAGCUGAUUGUAGCAGCCUCGUUAGUGUCACCUCCCCCAUCCCUGCUCUGCCAUGGCCACUUAGUGAUAAUAAAUCCUUCCCAACUGCA